AUGCGGCUGGUUGAGGAUGUCCCAAUUGGGCCAGUGCUGAGUCGCUCACAGAGGCAGUCCAUGACAGUCAAAUCAAAUCAAAUCACUUCGGGAACCAGCAGUGAGCUCCACGCGGCGGUGGCUGGACUCUGGGGACAGCAGAUUGAAACACGUAAACCUGAUUCAGAUAUACCAUUCAAACUGCCUCGUCUGGGGAAGUGA